CUCUCAUUCAUCGUGCGGGCCUCUCAUGGCUGGCGUGCGCCCCUCGCGGCCAUUACGCGCCCUCCCAGUCUAUUUUUUAACGCCCUCCUCGCAACCCCUUCCAUUCCCCCUCUCCAUCCAUCGCCCUCCCCUCUCUGCUCCUCCAGCCUCCGCCCGGAGGUCCAGAUAGGGCGAACCAGACAUGGCAGAAGUCCUGUCAGGACCUCUCGAGCACCAUCUAAGCUCUGCAGCCUUAGAUGGUCAGCAUGAAGAGAAGAGGAAAUCCAAUGUGGAAUACUCAGAAGAUGAAAAGAAAGCCAGGAUCGCAUCGCUGAAGAAAAAGGCGAUGAAUGCCUCACAAAAGCUGAGGCAUUCCAUGAAAAAGGGGAGGAGGAGCAGCAAGGUGAUGUCCAUUUCAAUUGAGGAUGAGCGUGACCCUGAGGAGGCUCUGGCCGUCGAUGCCUUUCGCCAGCUUCUUGUGCUCGAAGAACUUCUACCGUCGCAGCAUGAUGACUACCACAUGAUGCUUAGGUUUUUGAAGGCAAGAAAGUUUGAUAUUGAGAAGGCAAAGCAAAUGUGGUCUGAUAUGCUGCAGUGGAGAAAGGAGUUUGGUGCAGAUACCAUUCUUGAGGGUUUCGAAUUCGAAGAAGCUGACAAAGUUGCAGAAUGCUACCCUCAAGGCUACCAUGGGGUCGAUAAGGAAGGAAGGCCUGUCUAUAUUGAACGGCUCGGACAGAUCGAUGUCAAUAAGCUACUGCAGGUUACCACAAUGGAACGCUUUGUCAAGAACCACGUAAAGGAGUUUGAGAAGAACUUUGCUGAUAAGUUCCCAGCUUGCUCAGUUGCUGCUAAACGCCACAUUGAUCAGAGCACUACCAUCCUUGACGUGCAAGGAGUGGGGAUGAAACAAUUUAGCAAAACUGCAAGAGACCUCAUCGGUCAGCUUCAGAAGAUCGACGGUGAUAACUACCCUGAGACACUUUGCCGGAUGUUCAUCAUCAAUGCAGGCCAAGGAUUCCGGCUCCUCUGGAGCACAGUGAAGAGCUUCCUUGACCCAAAGACCACUGCAAAGAUACAUGUAUUGGGUAACAAGUACCAGAGUAAACUUCUUGAGGUCAUCGAUGCCAGUGAGCUGCCAGAGUUUUUUGGUGGAACUUGCCAGUGUGAAGGUGGUUGCAUGAAGGCCGACAAGGGCCCAUGGAAGGACCCUGAAGUCAUGAAGAUGGUUCAAAGUGGCGCCGGGAUGUGCGGAAAGCUCAAUGUGGACUGUUCUGAUGCUGAGGAGAAAACGAUUUGUGCAGAUGACACAAUUUACACUAAGAAGCAAGAUGCUUCCAAUGUGGAAGCACAUUUAGCAGGAGAUGAAUGGCGGACCCUGUUACAUAAAACCUCACGUGCCCGAAUUGAACAUCCCCAAUUAUCACCUGUUCACGAGGAACUUCUUCCUACGUUGUUUCCUACCCCAGGAUCACCAUAUUCUUGUGAUGUUCCAAUGGUUGAAAAGGCCAUAGAUGCCUUCUGCAAGAGCAAUGGAUUACCAGAUGAGGAGCUUGCUCUCACCAAAGCUGUUGCAAAUGCCUCCAAUGGAUCCAGUCCCCCAAUCUUUGGUGGCAUCUUGGCUCUUGUGAUGAGCAUUGCAACUAUGCUCCGUGUGAGCCGUAACAUGCCCAGGAAGGUACUGGGCGCUGCCACAGGACCCCAAAGCACACCAAAAGUUCACGCUCAGCAGCAAUCCAAGAAAGCAGCCGAGGCUAUGUCGACAGCUGAAUAUACUAUCUCUGCAAAGCGCUUCGCUGAUCUUGAGGAGAAGGUCAUUGCACUCCUUGCAAAGACUGCUGAAAUGCCCGCUGAUAAGGAGGAUAUGCUGAAGGCUGCAACCAGCCGUGUGAGUGCAUUGGAAGAGGAGCUUGCAAUAACCAAGAAGGCUUUGCAGGAGACUCUUGAGCGGCAAGGGGAGAUCAUUGCAUACAUUGAAAAGAAAAAGAAGAAGAAAAGCAAGCGCUUGUUUCACUGGUAGAUGCAAAGAACAGAAUGCCGUGUUCCACAAGAGCCUUUGGUUUGAUGAGAGUGAGCUGUUGUUUUCAACUGUCAGCGGAACGCGAUUCUAAGUGUUAACAUAUAAUGUUCUUUUGUUAUUUUCCUGUGUUGCUAUAUUUCAUUGAUCCGAUGUGCUGCCAACCCUUAAUGUACAUUUUGCCUUCACCAUGCCGAUGUGGUGCCAAUCCUUUUCUUGUUGCUGUCAAUUGUGGAUGGACAGAGGAAUCUCAAAACAUAAAUAUAUAAAUUCCAAACUAUUGAGAAUGUGCCCUAUUUGAUAUGAA